GCCUUAAUGGAUGUCACGAAAAUUCAACUGCACUCGAAAAAGCUAUUGAAAAAGUUAAAUAAAAUACAGAAAAACCUUUUCAUAAAAGAAAAUAUACGUGUAUCAAGUGCAGCUACACGGGUAAUAGGACAUGAACAUUUUUUAUUUCUGAGAUGGCACAUCCCCACUAAACAGUAAACUUAACUUACUCUUACUUAGUAAUUAAAUUUAGUUAAAUAUUAGGAAUUGGCUAGUCAGCCGCUAUUCGUACCGGGAAAAUAGUUAGAGGUUGGGUUUGACUGUUUAUUAAAAAAAAUAUUAAAAAUAAUAUUGUUGGGUUUGUAAGUCAAUAUUUGGUAUCGAUUAAAAGAUAAUUGAAUGGACUAUAACUAUAUGUUAUGUUUGUAAACAUACUUCUUCAGUCAGUUUAACUAACAAAAAUAAACUACCACAAAUGAUAAAAAUAAAUGACAUCCGAAUAGCAUUAACUUAAGGCUAAAAGUUACUAAAAGGGACCCGGGUCUUUAUUAAAAUGUAUAAAAGGGCUUGCUGUAAAUACAGACAAUUGGUGCCAUGAUGUGACGUAUCACGUGGCCGCCAUCUUGGUUGCCGCGACCUGUGAACUUUUAUAACUCACUGUCACUAAAUCUAACCUGAACCCUAAAUUAUGUAUCCCUAGCCCGAACCCAAAAUGUAUCCCUAAACCUAACCUGAACCCUAAAUGUAUCCCUAAUGCCAAUGGCACCAAUUCUCUGCAUUAGCCAGGGUAUUCUAUGAAACUAAGACUAAGUUGGGUUUUCAUAGUUAUGAAAUAUUUUGGGCUAUUUCAGAUUUAGCGACCCAUGAUGACUUUGUUUUGGAUUCACUCCCUUAAUUUUAAAAAAAAUUUUUUGAGGGAAGGAAGCGAACGCAGGUUGUUGACUCUACUUCACCACUUGCUGAAUAUCUAGAGGGAUACAAUAAGGUUGCUAUGUUCGCCAUGUAAUUAAUGUACCAGCUGAAAUUUCAUUAAAUUUUAACUUUGCUAUUUUGGUUUCUCUCAAUAAGUAGAUAAAACAGCACUACUUUUUCUAUCUUUCCCCUCCCCAUUUUAGCAGACAGAGACGUGUGUUUGCACUCCUUUUUUAUUAUUUUUACAUAGCUGCCAUCUUAACCAAGAUGGCGGCUGUGGAAAAUGAGUUGCAUGAAAUCAACACUUACCAUAAAAAAGUUUACUGAACAUGCACUAAAACGGUAUGUCUUAUUUAUACUAUAUUAUAUCUGAUUGGCUCACAAAACGCUGUAAAUUUAUUAGGGUAAAUUUACAUUCUCUGUGCCACUCAUUUCCCCAUGUUUUUGCACUGCUAAUAUGGCCACCUUCUUUUUUGCCAUGACAGCAGACAUGUCAUGGCAACACAUUUGGGGGCUUUGUUUAAAAAAUAGUAAUGCAAAAACACAUCUGCUAAAAUGGGGAGGGAAGAUAAUGUGUUUUUUUAGCAAUUGUGCUAUCAAGGCAAAUGAAAAUAAGGAAAAUGAUGAGAAGGGUUAUUUUUUAAAGAAAAAAAAUAUUAAAAUAGAAAUUUUUUAAAUCUUUCAUUGAUAGAAUCAAAGAACAUUUAAUAAUGAAUGAGAAAAAGUUAAAAAUCAACACAUUUUAAAGUUCAAAAACCUUCAAAUCUAAAAUCUACAACUCUACCUAAUCUGAAUGCUAAGUCAUUAUCUCUAACUCAAGCAUAAAGUGGCCCCUAAAUUUCGGGUUUAUCUUAAAAUAUUCAAAUAAUGAAAACCCAACUUACAGUUUCAUCGAAUACACUUUUACACACUUUAUAAAUCGAAAGUUGGAAAAAAAUUAAUAGACAUGUUUUAUUUAAAAAAAAAUAAAAAAUUAGUGAGACAUUUUGUCCACGGGGAAUGUAGCAACUUUAUUGUAUCCCUCUAGAUAUGCAACAAGAAGUGUCAACGACCUGCUGUCGUGCCCUAUCCUGAGUAAUUUCAGCCGGUACAUUAAUUUUGUAGUGAAAUUACAACUUUAUUGUUUCCCUCUGGAUAAUCCCCCAGAAGUUUAUGGUUGUUCACUUCUCUCAAGUGUCACUAAAACAUAUGUGCUACAUUACACACUAUGGUGAGAAAAGCGUAGAAAUUAAGAAAGGAAUAAAAAAAUAUUUUAAAUUAUUCAAAAUAAUGAAAACCCAACUUAAGUACAAGUUCCACCAAAAAUAAAAUCCAGAAGAUGUUAGAAAAGACAAAAUCCAUUUUUCAUAAUGAUCAGACAGGAAAAAUAGCCUCGUUUUGAAAAAUUAUAACACUAUGAAAUAUUAAUUUUUAAAAGUAUUCAAUCAAAAACAUUCUAUCGGCAUAUUAAAAUUUAAAAAAAAAAAAAAAGUUAAUUCUAGUUCACUAUUAAUAACAUCUUGGAAAAUGGCAUCGGUGGCUUGUUGAGCGCGAGCUCUUAAUACCCCCCCCCCCUGCACACCUUCACACAUGGGCCAAACGCCGGGUCUCCCUGCCGCCAGAUCAUGCCGAAGCACGCUGGGAACUUCCCCCCUGGCCUGGGGGACGUCUGGUCGACUGAAAACGCUGCGUUUAAAGCGUUCGUAGUCCACUCUCCCGAGGGUCAGGACGGCUUUGCUUCCACUCUGGGGGAAAGGUGUUGCGCUACCUCCCCCCACCAUCGAGGGAGUCGUCCAGUCGGGAUGAAAGCUAGGACUAAACGGUCCUCAUAGGAGCGGCUUUCUCAGGACCACUUAGCUAAAAUCAUGGGUAUUGGUUUUUACCGCCACCCAGACCUCAUAUCCAUUAACGGCAACAAGUAAUCAUGUUAUUGUGCUACUCCCAUUGCGUUGGGAGUCAUGCAAGUGGUUGGGGUUUUUAGCUUCGGGAGAACAAAGCCUCCCUACUAGUCUGGCAGUCCAUGAAGAGGCAAACCCCAUGUGACACCACCAAGUCGCCUCGGCGGUGCGGGUUCCUGACUUAGAAUCAUUCAGUCAGAUUCCCCCAGCUAGUUCACUACUAAACGAGGGGAGUUCACUCAUACACAGCAACACAGGGUGGUACCAAGUAACGUAAGUUGGCCCAAAACAUAUUUCAGUUUUGUCAUGCUGUGGAGUAAAUGAACUUGUCACUUACUGGGCAAGAUGAAUAACUUGAGUUGUGAACACACUUUUUAUAUCUAGUGACUAAUUCCAGAUCAGCCAUAACUAAUAAAAUAUUGUUUACUAACAUACUCAGCAACAGACAGUUUUCAUAAACAAAGGCUCCCUUUUAGAACUUUUAAGAAUAUUGUAUCCACUAAUCCAGCUUUGUUUUCAGACACUUAUUAUUCAAAAUGGAGGACUGGGAAAUGAUGUUAAACAAAGUGAACUGAUGCCAUUAUUUAAACAGUAUGGAGAGGUAGAAGAGAUCGUAAUGUUACCAAGGAAACAAUACAGUUUUGUAUGUUAUGCUGAAGUCAGCAGUGCAACACUAGCAAUAAACAAUCUAAACGGACAUAUGCUCAGAGCAGGAAAAGAUCCCACCCAAAAUGUCACAUUGUAUUUGCUAUAUGCUAAAGAAGGUAAACUGGUUUAUAAAUAAUGAUAAAAUAGUUUGUUUAUUAGCAGAAUAAAGAAAUGGCAAAAGUUUUUUUAUAUAUGUGCAGCUAACACCUGUCUACCUACUGAGAUUCAUGAAAUUUUAACGCUGAGUUGGUCAUCUAUCUAUCCUUCAAAACUUUAUGUGAUAAAUUUAUUCUUCUGAUUAGCAUGUUGCUAUUAUUUUAAAAACAAAAAUGCAAGCAAAAGUAAUAAAAUGCAACAUUUGAGAUUAUUGCUGAUCUAUUUUAAUAUGAUAAAUUCAUUAAUUUAAGGCAUAGCAGCAUUCUACUCUCCUUAUCAGUAUCAUCAAGGAGAGUAAAAAUUGUUCUAAAAAUUUUAAACAAAUUGUUUCAACAGUGUUUAUUUUACUUGCACAAUUUUUCCCUAUUUAGCUCCACCAAGUGUUGUGCCAUCAAAGGAAAUACCACCAGGGCUUAUCAUAAUAGAAGACUUUGUUGAUGAAGAGACAGAGAGAGCUUUAUUAAAGUUAGUGAAUGGUGAAACAGAAGCUAAUAAUAAAGGUAGACAUGCUUUUAACUUUUUAAUUUAAAAUGUAAAAAAAAAUUAUUAUUGUAUGCAAAGUAUUAAUCCUAUAAAAAAAUUCCUGUAUUUCUCAUUAUAAUCACUUUUAAAAAUGUGGUAUUAAAAAAAUAAAACCCAAGUCAUUUUGCUAUUGUUUAACCCUUUGUGCAAAACAAGGCAGUGAUAUUUGUUUAAAUUUAUAACACAUCAUAAUCUAACUUUUAAAAUCUCAUUGUAGGAGGAUGCUGUUUUGGAUUUUUUUAUAAAUUUCCAAAUUUUUUAUUUAUUUUUGUCAAGGAAUUAUGAAACAUAGAAAGGUCCUUCAUUAUGGGUAUGAAUUCAAAUACAGUAUAAAUGAUGUGGAUAUCACUGAUCCACUCCCUGUUGGAAUACCUGAACAGUGCCAUACAUUUCUUAAAAAAGCCUUAAAGUUGGGGUUGACCAAACAUUUUCCUGAUCAGCUGACAGUGAAUCAGUACAGCCCAGGGCAAGGUAAACUAAAUUAUGGAACCUUUUUAAAUUCCAUGCUGCUCUUACAUUAUGUGUACUUAUGUACAUUUAACCAUGCUCAACUGUAUGUUGUAAAAUGUAUAACAGAUGAAUGCUCAGUUGACAUGCUUAGCUGUUAAUACACAUGCCUGAAAACUUAAUACUUAUAUAAAUACACUUCCCAUUUUUCUGCCAGGAAUUCCUCCACAUGUUGAUACUAUUGAUGCAUUUGAAGAUGGCAUUUUGUCUCUCAGUCUUGGAUCUCAAGUAAGCUGCUUCAUAUUUACAAACUGGGCUGAAAAAUCCCUUUUCAAUAACUGAUUAUUGUAAAUGACCUUGCAACUUCGGUACAAUUACUCCACAUUAUUCCAUUCCUUAAAGGGAUACGAGUCUCAAUAAUAUAAAAUUAUUUUUUAACCCUAUAAAUGUCAUAAUGGCCAUUAAACCCCUUUCUGUGGUGUCACAGCUGAUAUCGGCCGCUAGCAAAAUCGUCAUUUAAAAUGCGAAUGAUUUAAUGUUAUAUUGAUUAAGGGGAAAUAAUUCUAUAUAAAUGAGUUUGAAUACUCGUUAUGUAUCUAUGUUUGUUUAUUUGCUUUUAUCUGGGCUUUUUUUGUAUGAUUAAUUGGGUGUGAACAUUUUUUGACUGCCAUAAUGUCUGACACUGGAGAGAGUCAAUCUCUAUAUUGCAAAAUGAACACAAACUUUCUUUGUUGGAUUUAUUUCAAAUGAAUUAAAUUAAAAUAAAAAGCAAUUAUUUCAGAUAUAUGCCACAUGCAAAUAAUGACAGUAUUUGCUCUAGCGGUGAUGGUGACAUAAUAGUCAGAUACUACAAAUUUUAGACCCCUCAGCUUAGUCCUAUUGUUACCAACCGAUUUGUUGGGGAAAGGGUGGAAAUCGAACAGAGAAGACUAAGAUUGGAUCCCAAAAACCUACCCUAAAGAGGUUCAAAGACAUCUGUGUUUCUGUAUACUCUGGAGUAUUAAUUAAUAAAUAAAAUGGAUUUAAUAAAUUCAUUUCAAAAUGAAUUUUUGAACUCAUUUCGUGCCUCCCUCACUUGUAUUUUAUAUGACAGAAAUUUGAAGGUAGUGAAUGAAAAAAAAUUCACUGAUAUUACAAUUUUCUAUAUAAGUACCUAUGACUUGAGAAUAUCUGAAAGAAUAUUGCGUGUAGUGUCUAAAAAACUUGAUUUUAUGAUAGUUUGAACAAUUUAUAGAGUUGAAUUCAGAAGUUAUGUAGUAAAAUUUUACUCACUCUGUAAAGGUAUAAUAUGGAAAAAAAAUUCAUUUCAUACCAUAGGAUACCUUGUCCAAUGUACUUUCAGAAAAUGUAUACUUCUCUCUGAAUUCGUUUAGUUUGGGAUUUUGUCAUUUUUGACAAGCAUAUGAAAAAUGCUUAAUUAGCUUGAUGCUACAGAAAAAUUCACUUGACAGUUAUAGGGUUAAUUAAAAAAAUUUAGGCUUAUUGUUCAAAAAAAGUUACCAGUUUAAAGUAAUAUUAUUGUGUCCAAGGUUGUCAUGGACUUCCGUCACCCUGAAGGCAAGCAUCUCCAAGUUCUUUUACCUAGUCGCAGCCUCAUUGUCAUGACAGGAGACUCUAGAUAUGUCUGGUCACAUGGUAUAACACCGAGAAAAUCUGAUAUUGUCACCACAGCUAGUGGUGAUGGUGUGACACUGCUCACCAGGGAAACAAGGACAUCAUUCACAUUUAGAAAAGUUAUCCUCGAUAGAGAAGAGCGCAAGUCCAUCAGAGAGAACAGCGGAAUCGAUGCAAGAAUGUUACCACAGAAUGAUGGUGAAGCCAUUGAACUGGAAAGGCAACAUGUCCACAAGGCAAUUACUAUUUGGCAAUUAAUUUAUUUAUGAAAAAAUGCUUGUCUUUAAAACCCCAAACACUCAUAUGAUUGAUGAUGGAAGAUGCCAUUCACUAAAAAUAUAACUAAAUGAGUACAAUUUAGAAUUAUGAAAGCAUAUUUAACUAUAUAUGUUUUUAAAUAUGAUAUUUCCCUUUACUAACAACAUUAUUUAACAGCAAUAUUCACUCAGUUAAUUUUUGAGAUAAAAAAUUAGCUUUUGGUAAGAAGUUUUAUUAGAACUGAAUAAUUAUAAGUAAAAAGGAAUAUAUUACUCAUUUACAAUUUUAACUCUUACUAAAAUUUAAAUGAUACAACUCCUUCAUAUUUUCAGGUGUAUGAUGACAUAGCGGCACACUUCAGUGGCACACGCUAUAAACCAUGGCCUAGAGUUGUUGACUUUCUCUUGGAACAGCCUGCAAUGUCCUUACUGGCUGAUGUUGGAUGUGGAAAUGGAAAAUGCCUUGGUGUCAAUAAAAGUUUAUUUGAGGUAGAAAUACCAACUCCCAUGACUUAAACUGAAAGAUAAACAUUUUCUUUCUACAAUCAACAUUUUUUUAAAUGCUUGAUUUUAGGUCUGGUGAAGCUGUAUAUUUGUACUUAACAUUCAAGUUCAAAACAUAGUUUUAUUGGAUAUAAUCAGCUUAUUCCUAGAUAUAAUAUUCUUUAUAAAAGCAAAUUUCUAUAAUGAAAGAAAAUAUAUUCAGACUAUUUGUUUUAGUAGUUUAAAUGACAGUAAUGAAUGUUGGUGACUGGGAUAGAGUUAAAGAUAAAAUUAAAUAUACUUUAGUGUACUGGUAUCAGUUACAAAUUAUUUGCUUCUAUAUAAAUCAUCAUUUUCUGUUUAUAUGAAAUGUUUUAAAUCCUGAUAAGCAUAAGUGUUCACUGAAUAUUUUAACCAAAUGUCAAAUUAAUCGAAAUAUGCAACAUUUUUACAGAUUGGAAGUGACUAUAGUGGAAAUCUUGCCAAUAUAUGCCGAAGCAGGGGCUUUGAAACCUGUGUUGCUGAUGUAACUUGUCUGCCAUUCCGAUCAGACAUCUUUGAUGUGGUCUUGUGUAUAGCUGUUAUUCAUCAUAUGGCAACAAAGGUAGAAAAAACAUCAUUUUGAACAUAGUAUUUACCCUUUGAACCCAAGCUCUCGCUUCUUCAGUCUGUGUUAAAAAAAAAAUCCAUUGGCAGACUAAUAUAUCAGUCUUACACCCUAAGUUGCAUAAACAGUUACAAAAUGUGGGCUUUCAUCUUUCACAGCUGUCUGCUCAAGGUACUUGAAACAAUAAAUGUGUUGUACAUGCGUUGAAAUUUACCAAGCAUGUGACUUUCCAAACUAGGCCUAAUGAGACUGACCUAUAAAAAGAAAGUCAUGAACAAAUAUUGGUGCAAAAAUUAUUUAACUUACCUAUGCCUAAAUGAAGUGUGAGGAUUCCGCACACUAAACAGGAACUUUGGCCAUGAAUUGAGAGUCAAAGUUAUACUAAAUAAAUAAAAAUCGGCUGCUAUUCUAAUCCAAGUACUGGUUUAAGUUUUCAAAGAAUGUCAGUUUUGUGUGAUAUUCAUCAGGAGCUUAGGGUUCAAAGGGUUGGCUAUAAUAUUGUUAAUACAAAAGUUAUAUUUUACUCACCAUAUGUUAAAAAUCAGAAUCAACAAUAACAGAGAAUAAGAAAAUAAAGAUGAUUCCAUAAUAAUCAUAUGGGUCAUCUUAUGCUUAAAAAUGCUUUUACUUUUUGAAUCUUUUAGGAGAGGCGACACAAAGCAGUAAGUGAGGUUGUUCGAAUCUUAAGACCUGGUGGAAAAGCUCUUAUUUAUGUCUGGGCCAUUGAACAGGAAUGUAACAAAACAAUUUCAAAAUACAUCAAUCCUAAGAAACAAAGACAAAGUGCACAAGUUACAAAGGAAAAUGAGAGAGAAAAAACAAUCAUAAAAGACAAGGAUGAGCUUAACAUGGAAACUGGUGUUUGUGUUGAAAAAUUGUUGAAUCUUUCUUCUGGCAAUGAUGAAAAUUUUCAAGAUGGUGAAGUUAAAACAACUGUCUCUGACCAUAACAAGUACUCAAGGGUUCAGGACUUCAACAUUGACAGCAUUGCACAAUCACCUGAUGUAAACAAAGAACUUGAACUCACUCAUUGUUGUGGUUUACAUAGUAAACAUGUGGAAGAAAAGUCAUGUAGUAAUGAAAUCUGUGAUUUGCAGACAACUGCCAAGACAUUACAUGUACAUGUUAACAGAACUCAGUUCAAAGAGCAGGACAUGCUGGUACCCUGGCAGUUGAAAAGUAAACAGGCAGAACAUGUGGACAAGACUAAAGGUGACAGCAGUCAUGACACAAGCCAUGUUUUUCACAGAUACUAUCAUGUGUUUAGGCAGGGUGAACUGGAAGCUGUUUCUAAAAAAGUGGCUCAGUGUGAAGUCAUAAAAAGUUACUAUGACCAGGGCAAUUGGUGUGUUGUCCUAGAAAAGAUGGGAUCAUAUCUUAAGUGUUAAGCAUUAUUACUUGCUUUUAAUGUAUUACAUUACCGUACAUAAAACUGUGAUUUAAAAACUAUCAUAAUAAAAUAUUU